GCGGCCAUCGCUCGCCACCGCCCGGGCCAGCGCGGCGCGGACCGGGCCGGCACCGCCCGCAGCGGGAACGCGGCUGCAGCGGGCCGAGGAGGGGGGACAAGGCGGGUACCGGGGCUGCCCUGGGCCGGGCUGUCCCCGGGCCAGGCUCUCGCGGUCCCUGCCCGUCCCCCCGCGGCGGGGUGCCGGGUGCUGAGCACGGCGGGACCGGCGGGAUGGCUGCGCGCAUCCUGCACCGGUUGCGGCACGCGCUGUCCGGGGAAGGCUCCCGGGAGCAGCGGGCACACGGCGCCGGCGAGGCCGAGGACUGCCCGGAGAGCUCGGAGCUGGAGGACGACACGGAGGGGCUGUCGACGCGCCUCAGCGGCACCCUGAGCUUCACCAGCCAGGAGGAGGAAGAAGAAGAGGAGGAGGAGGAAGAGGAGGAGGAGGGAAGCGGUGCCGGACAGGAGCUGGUGGAGCCGCCGCAGCCGACCGUGGCGGCAACAGGCGCGGAGGACGCAGAGUGGGGCCCCGCAGCGCAGCGUCCCGGCGCCGGGCUCCUGACGCGGCAGCUGCAGGAGCUCUGGAGGAGGUCCCGAGGCAGCCUGGCACCGCAGCGGCUGCUCUUUGAGGUCACCAGCGCCAGCGUGGUCAGCGAGCGCUCCUCCAAGUACGUGCUCUACACCAUCUACCUGAUCCGCUCCGGCCAGUUCGACAAGGCCCCCGCCGCCAUCGCCCGGCGCUACUCGGACUUCGAGCGGCUGAACCGCCGCCUGCGCUGCCGUUUCGGCUGCGACAUGUCCGACGUCGCCUUCCCCAGGAAGAGGCUGCGCCGGAACUUCACUGCCGAGACCAUCGCCAAGCGGAGCCGAGCCUUCGAGCAGUUCCUGUCCCACCUGCACUCCAUCGCCGAGAUCCGCCGCUCCCCCGAGUUCCUCGAGUUCUUCUUCCUGCAGGACCUGCGUGCCGCGCAGCGCCUGACCUGCACCGGCAUGUACCGCGAGGCCCUGGCCACCUGGGCCAACGCCUACCGGCUGCAGGACCGGCUGGGGGUCUGCGGCUCGGGCCGCUUCCUCCUGACGCUGGCUGGGCUGGCCGUGUGCCACCAGGAGCUGGACCAGCUGGGGGAGGCCCACGGCUGCUGCGAGCAGGCACUACAGCUGCUGGAGGCCCAGGACAGCCACCCGCUGCUGGGGCCCUUUCUGCAAGCCCACAUCCACCUUGCCUGGAAGGUGGGCAAGGACAAGCGGCGCUCGGAGGCACGGCUGCAGGACCUGCGGGAGGCUGGACCCCCGCUGCAGCAGCAGCCCACCCUGAAGGAGUGCCUGAUCAAGGAGCCACUGGACUGAGCAUCCCACCACGCCAGUGCCUGUGGCGGCGUGAAGGCAGGGGCUGUGCCAGGGCUGUCCCCAGGGAGCUGCGAUGGUGAUGCCAUGGGUCAGGAGGGGCACCAGAGCCCACACCUGGCAGCUGCUGUGAAAAUGCACUUUCUCUGUGGUUAGUCCAUCCCACAGGGCCAGGAGCUCACAAGUGCUCAUGAGCACUCACCUGGUACUGCCAGGAGCCAGCUGAGCCACUGCGGGGGGCUUCUGGAGAGACAGGACUCUAGCUGGGAUAUACUGGCAUUGUGUGAGGGAACGAGAAAGCUUCUGACAGGGUCUGGGGCUCUUGCCAGGAACCUUCCAUAAAACUUACAUAAUAAAGGGACUGUGUUCAGGAA